GUUCGAUCAAAGCCAUACUUGUACACCAUUACACUCUGCGCACAGCGCACUGCAAAUUGGCCGGCUUGGCACAUUUGACCUUUCAGCCUUCUCGGAUGAACUUGGAUACGCGUACGAGUAGGCAGCCUUGACCCUAGGUCAGCCUCGUUCGAUGUUAAGCCUUGAUCAGUGGCGAUCGUCGCGAAUCCGUUCCCGAUCUCAUCUCGCAAAUUUGGCUCACAAGAUGCAACUUUAUCAGAUCCGCUCAGGCUCCAUCAUUGUUCCAAGAUCACGCGAAACAUGCUCGAUACGGACGGCUUCGAGGACGUUAAGACGAUGGCAUCUCCAAAGACUUUGCCCCGGCGAGAUUGAUUGACUCGACGUCUGCGAUGGCACGAUAUUUUUCCAUCGUGGCCUUGUUGGCCGUCACAAUGUCCGCAACAGCCGCACUGUCGAACACCUCUUUAGCAGCUUGUGAUGAGCUGGUGAAUCUCUAUCCCGGACUUAUCCUGUUCCCUAAUUCGACAAACUAUACUUCCCAGGCCACGAACUUCUGGGACAAGCGAUCUGACCUUCAACCAACCUGCAUUUUCAUACCAUCCGAUGUCGACCAGGUGAUUUCUGCCAUGAAAGUCUUUCACGACAAGCAGGCACACUUUGCCGUUCGUGGUGGCGGCCAUAUGAAUUAUCCUGGAGCCAACAACGUUGAUGACGGCAUACUUGUCACUCUGGCCAGAAUCACAGAACGCAAGAUCUCUACCGACCCUUCAACCAUCGAGGUCGGCCCUGGUAACAGAUGGGUCGACGUUUAUACCGAAUUAGACCCCUAUGGUCGCUACGCCAUUGGUGGACGGCUGAAGACAAUAGGCGUCCCGGGCUUGACCCUAAUCGGAGGGUUCCAUUAUUUCAACAACAAAUACGGAUGGGCCAUGGACAACGUCGUGAGUUACGAUGUCGUUCUGGGAAAUGGCACCCUGGUCACGGCCAACUCCACGACCCACAACGAUCUGUUCUGGGCACUGAAAGGUGGUGCGAAUAAUUUCGGAGUGGUGACAAAGUUCACACUCAAGACAUAUCCCAUCGACCAGAUCAGUACCACGACGCAAGCUUUCAAUGAGAGCGCCGUGCCAGCUUUCAUUGCCGCCGUAUGCGACUUCGCCGAAGCUGACGAUCCGACUUUGGGAGCGGGCGCAGUGAUCUCGAUCCAGUAUAAUGCCACCACCAAGGUUGUCGCCCCAUCGAUCUUGGGUGUGCAGGAAGGCACUGAAUCCCCGCCCUCGCGCUUUGUCAACUUCUCUGCCAUUCCAGCUGUGUCAAUGGUUCAAAAGGUCACCACACCUCUGGAGUGGGCGUCCACCCUGGACACGCCAAAUCAGAUGUUCCGGGUACAGUUCGGCCAUCAUACCAUGAAGCCAGUCGCCGAUGAGGUAUAUGGCCUUUAUGAGAUCUGGAAAGAUGCAGUGGACCAGAUCGCAGACGUGGAAGGCCUUUAUCCGACCUUCGUAUUGAACGUGAUACCAAAAAGCGCCAACACUAUCGCGAAGAACAAUGGAAUCGGCAACGUCUGGGGCUCAGAUGAUGAUCAGUCAUGGAUUAUAUACCAGACGUCGACAGCAUGGGCCUUGCCCGAGGACGAUCUCCGCAUGACCGCCUGGUCACGAUCCCUCAUUGAACUUAUGCACACUUUGAUCAAGGCAAAGGGACUGGCUUCGGAGUUCCUAUACAUGGGUGAUGCCGGGGAAUAUCAAGACCCUUUUGCAGGAUUUCCUGUCGAGAACGUGGAGAGGUUGAAAGCGAUCAGACGAGACUAUGAUCCCGACAAGACCUUCCAGCGCCUCAAUUGGGGUGGAUUCAAGCUGGGGUUCUAGAUUUUAUGGUGCAUGAGCUGUUCCAACGCAUGAUGGUUUGGUAAGGGGCAAACAAUGAGGAAGCGAUCGUGAUGUAGUUGGAAUCGAGGUGCUUCAGAUAGGACUUCGCCAAAUUCAGAGGAUAAGUAAUGUCUGGAUGUGGCGGUCUGGUUGCUUACCCCUUCCACAAACCCCAGUAAUCAGACCU